UCGCCCCAGUUCGAUCGCACCCCCAGUUCCAAACGCGGCGCUCUCUUUCUCCAGCAGCAGCCUCCAACGUAGGAGUGGAGUGGAGUGGUGUGCUGUGCUGUGCUGUGGAGAGAUUCCCGACAGCCAAAUCUAGAGGAAAAAGCAAUUCCCCGUGCCCCGCUCUCCGGCGCCCCCCUCCUCUUCUUCUUCUUUGGGGGCUCUCUCUCCUCCCGCUGCCCCACCGUCUCCCGCUCCCACGCCCGCCUGUUGCCUGACACAUGCUACAACCCCCCUGUCCUGGCGAGCCGUCAGAGGAGAGGAUUGCCUCCUCCUCCUCGUCUCUCUCUCUCUCUCUCUCUCUCUCUCUCUCUCUCUCUCUCUCUCUCUCUCUCCUGCCUGGUCACCAGUGGCGUCACGCUUUAUAAGAGCACCCGACCGGCAAUCCUCUUCCUUGCCCACGCCACGAGUAGAAAGCUUUUGCCGCUGCCUGCGUCUGCUGCCGCGGUGCCGGUCGGAGAGGAAGAUCAGAGGGACACUGCGGGGAGAGGCAGAGAUGGCGAUGGCAGUCGGAGGAGGAGGAGGAGGAGCGGAGGUAGGGGAGGGGGUGACGAGGGUGCUGCUGGUGGACGACUCCCCCGUCGACCGCCGGGUGGCGCAGCUCCUGCUCAGCAGCGACUCCUGCGCCGGCUCCUUCCACGUCAUCGCCGUCGACAGCGCCAAGAAGGCCAUGGAGCUCCUCGGCCUCAAGGACGGCAAGGCCAUCGACAUGGUGCUCACCGACUACUGCAUGCCCGAGAUGACCGGAUACGACCUGCUCAAGGCCGUCAAGGCGCUGAACCCCCUCAAGCCGAUCCCGGUGAUCGUCAUGUCGUCUGAAGACGAGCCCCAGCGGAUCAGCAGAUGCUUGAACGCUGGUGCUGAGGACUUCAUCGUGAAGCCCCUGCGGAGAAAGGACGUGCAGCGCCUCAGGAACUGCUCCGCCGCCAGGUCCGGCAAGCUGGCCUCCCCGCCGUGCGAGUGCGACGCCGCGGCCAAGAGGAAGCCGCUGGUGCUGCCGCCGUCCGCCGCCGGGUCGCCGUCGGGACGGCGCGCGAACUUCGCCGGAGUCGCCAUGGUCCUGCACUCGUCGCGCGUGGAGCUCGCGCAGCACUUCCCGCUGCUGCUCAAGCUCGUCGUGCUGGCCUACGCCGUGCUGUGCGUGGGCGAGCUCCUGCACAGAUGGUCGUCGCGCGGCGGCUGCUCGCUCGCCCUCUGGUGCGCCUGAGCAGCGACAACCCGGCAAGCCGCGGUGCAGGGCCCGCCCAACAGGAGACUGAUGCAAACCCAGAGCUCUUCUCCUGCAGCCGCUGCUGCACCGAUCGCCGGACGUUUUCAGGCUCCAACAGCCGCGGAUAUUUUAGCUAGCCUUUAGGUAGAUUGUUUGCUUUGAGAUUCUAACCGGGGUUUUGAUGACGAGCCGGCCAUGGCUGCUGCUGCUUCUUGGCCUUUGUUCGGUGGGAGAGACAUGGGGAGGAGGAACCAACAACCCCUUGUAUCCUUGUACAGAAUCAAAAUGCAAUGCGUGAUCGAUCCGAGCAGGUA